UUUAAUAUCAAAUACUUUAAUAUCAAAUACUUUUCAUAACUGUAUGAAACAGCAAAUGAUACAAUAGAAACAAAUGCAAAAUUUUAUUUCAUAACUUCUCAAGGUAUGUAAUUGGUUCGAGUCAAGUUCAGUUAAAUGACAAUAUGAACAGGCCGGCUGGAAUCAAAUUGGACGAGUACGAUUUCUUCGGCUUUGACUUGGAUCACACGAUUUGUCAAUAUAAUCUUAAAAAAAUCGUCACGAGCAGUUUCGAUUUCAUGACGGAUUAUUUGGACAAGGAAAAACAAUAUCGUGGAUUUAAGCAGCCGUUGUCAUUCAAGGAUAAAAACUUUUUGUCUAGAGGCCUCUUCAUAGACACACAAAACGGCAACUUGCUGAAAACCUCCAGUAAUGGGGCGAUUCUAAGAGCGAGCCACGGUACCAGGCUCUUGACUAAAAAUGAAAUUUGCAAAAUAUACGGGACGGAAAAUAAUUUAGAGUCGGUGUCAACCAUGAUUGCUAAAAAGCUCGGUGAGGAUAGAAGGCAGUCCGCUUCGAAAGUAUUUAGCGCGAUGGAUUUUUCAGAUCUGGUCCUGUCGUUGGUAUACGCAAAGGCCGUUGAUAAGAAACCCAAAACCUCUAUCAACCAAGUGUGGCACGAUGUUAUCAACGCCUUGGUAUCGUUGUACAACGAAAGCGGGAUCUGGAAUCUGGACAGAAAAAAAGAAUUGGUUCACCCGACGAGCAGUGCAGUUAUAGACUGGCUCAAGCAACUGCACAACAUAGGCUGCACGGCAUUGAUAACAUCUUCUCCUCCUGAAGCUGCAAACAGGACUGCGACGAUCGUCCUGGGUCCGGACUGGAAAAACCUUUUCGAUUUCGCCGUCUUCAAUACAAAGAAACCUAGGUUUUUCAUUUCCCAAAGCCGAUUCCGGGCUAUAUCCCAAACGGGGAGAUGGCUGAGCGCGGAAGAGACGAGAUUCGAUCUUCGAGGGGAAUACGUCUCUGGGAGCUACCACAUGAUAGAAAAAGCGUUGACCGACACACUCGGAAGAAGGCCGAUUUCUGUUUACUUCGGCGAUAGUCCCAUGGCGGAUCUUAUCCAUUCUGCGACAGACCGUGUCGCAAUCAUAGCGGAAGCUAGAGUCGAAGGCAAGUUCAAAGGGAUACAACGUCACGCUGAUAUUUUGAAAUCCUCCUUCUGGGGUUCGUUAUUCUACGAAGGCAAAGAACCUACUUUCAUGGGCGAUAUUAUAAUGAAUACAAGCUUUUGCGCACCAGACCUUCAGUAUUUUACAGACUUCCCGAUCAACUACACACACAUUCCAUUUUGGAAGUAAAGCAAGUAUUUUUAACAAAACAGUUUUGAUUUUUUUUUAGGAUUUGGAAUGUAAAAUCACGUGUAAAUUAUAAGUUAAGUUUUAGUUUAACAAAAAAACCGAAAAGAAAUUAAUUAUUUUAAUCCACAUA